AUGUUUCGAAUGAAAGGACCGCAGAAAACUGAGGUCUUCGACUAUGAAGGUGAACGGUGCCUCGCUACUUUGCCUUUCUGUGCUGGUCGGGCUCCAUCCUUAUCGACCCUGCAGCAGGAAGCAGCGCGUGCGAAGGGCACGUCCGGCGAGCGCAUGAUGUUCCGCUCUGAGUCCCAGAAUGGUCCUAGCCUUGUUGUGAAUGAGGGCCACUUGCAAGAGCAUGCUCGCGAACAGCCUGGAGAUCUGAUGCUGAGACUCCGAAACCCUCCACGAGUCACACCAGGGCAAGACCAUGAUCCUUCUGCCAAUGAAACCGAUGGAACCCAUUUUGCAAUUUUUGGCCCAGCAGGACACGCGAAAUUGAGAAGUAGACUUGUCAUACUAUCCUUCCACUUGGGACUGGAGAUGCCCAGCUCCAUGUUGGGUCUUGAAACGGCUUCUAGGAAUCAUCGAUGA